AAAAAAAGGAAGAAUUAGCGGGGAAGAGAUGUGCGCAACUGAACUGCCAACUGGAAAACUUGAAUCUCCUUUCAUUCCCAGUCCCGGUCCCAUUCCCAUAAUCCUAUAUUCCUAUUCCACCGUCAUAUGUCUACGCGUAUUUUACUUAAUCUGUGCCACACUCUCUCACACUCUGCAUCUUCCGGCGCCAUUGAUGCUCGCUACCGACACUUUUUCCUACGUCUGUCUCUCUCCAUUUCCCCCAAAUCUUGUCGGAUCUUCUUACCCUAAUAUUCUCACCACAAUAUUGUAGAUCUUUAAUAAUCUUAUCAUUACACUUUCUUUAUGCACUCUACUGAAUAAUUUUCGAAAAAUCAGCCUUCAAUUUUUUUUUUAAAUUUUUUUAAUCCGAUUUUGUUGGAGAAGAAGUGUUGAACAAUGGUGCCUCCUAGUCCUGCUACUCCCGGCCAGGUAGCAUUUCUUCUUGGACUUGUUCCAGUUCUUGUGGCAUGGCUAUAUUCUGAAUUUUUGGAGUACAGAAAAAAGUCCACCAUAUCGAAACAGCAUUCUGAGAUUAAUUUGGUUGAGAUUAGAAAUGAUGCAAUUAAGGAAGAUGAGAAGGCUGUUUUGCUGGAAGGUGGGAGCAUGCAGCCGAUGUCUUCAAGAGCUCGAAUUGAAACACUCACGCAUCAUGUUUCAAGGUUUCUUCUAAUGGAUGAGACUUUCUUGCUUGACAAUCGGUUGACAUUGAGAGCCAUGUCUGAAUUUGGUAUCUUUCUGGCAUACUUCUACGUCUGUGACCGCACAAAUCUGUUUGGUGAAUCUAAGAAGGAUUACAAUCGGGAUUUAUUCUUGUUUCUCUACUUUCUAUUAAUAAUCGUUGCAUCUAUUACCUCAUUUACAAUUCACAAAGAUAAAGCACCGUUCUCUGGAAAAUCUAUUCUUUAUUUGAAUAGGCAUCAAACUGAAGAAUGGAAGGGUUGGAUGCAGGUGUUGUUUUUGAUGUACCACUAUUUUGCUGCUACUGAGAUCUAUAAUGCUAUUCGAGUUUUUAUUGCUGCAUAUGUAUGGAUGACUGGAUUUGGUAACUUCUCCUAUUAUUAUGUCCGCAAAGAUUUUAGCCUAGCGAGAUUUGCUCAGAUGAUGUGGCGGCUAAAUUUUUUGGUGUUCUUUUGUUGCAUUGUCCUAAACAAUAGUUAUACAUUAUAUUACAUUUGCCCAAUGCAUACUCUCUUCACUCUCAUGGUUUAUGGUGCACUUGGCAUCAUGCACAAGUAUAAUGAAAUUGGAUGGACUAUGGCCCUAAAAAUUGGUGUUUGUUUCUUAACUGUGAUACUGGUUUGGGAAGUUCCUGGGAUAUUUGAACUGAUCUGGAGUCCAUUCAAUUUUCUUUUUGGUUAUACUGAUCCUGCAAAGCCAAAUCUUCCUGUCUUGCAUGAGUGGCAUUUUCGUUCAGGUCUUGAUCGCUACAUUUGGAUAAUUGGAAUGAUAUAUGCUUAUUAUCACCCCACGGUUGAGCGAUGGAUGGAGAAACUGGAAGAGGCUGAAGUGAAAAAAAGAAUAGCUAUUAAAUCAGCUGUUGUGAUGAGCUCCUUGUCGAUAGGGUAUCUCUGGUUUGAGUACAUAUACAAGCUAGAUAAGAUUACGUACAAUAAGUUCCAUCCUUACACCUCGUGGAUCCCAAUCACUGUCUACAUAUGCUUGAGGAAUGUAACCCAACAAUUCCGAAGCUACUCAUUGACACUUUUCGCAUGGCUUGGAAAAGUCACAUUGGAGACUUACAUCUCUCAGUUUCACAUAUGGUUAAGAUCAAGUGUGCCCGAUGGACAACCCAAGUUGUUAUUGUCAAUCAUCCCAAAUUAUCCAUUGCUGAACUUCAUGCUCACCAGUGCCAUAUAUGUGGCUGUUUCAUAUAGGCUAUUUGAACUAACAAACACGUUGAAAAUGGCAUUUGUUCCAAGCAAAGAUGAUAAAAAAUUAACGUACAACAUAAUUGCAGCUUUUGCAAUCUCUUUUGUUCUCUACACGCUGUCUCUAAUGCUGCUGAAAGUCCCUCAAAUAAUGGUGUGACUGAGAGAGUGUUGUAAUUUUAGUGUAGAAGUAUGCAGAGUUGAAUAUUCAUCACGUCUCCAAAGUUUUCGUAUGAUGCAGUUUUUUCGAGGAAAGAGCAUAGCUUAAAAAGAUGCUUCAAACAAUACUAGACACGAAUAUAGAAAACAACCACAUCUUUCUAGUAUGCUUGUACAGGAGACAUUGAUGAAAAUGUGAACGUACGGAAAUAUGUUGCUUUCAUUUAAUGGUUAAAUUUUCAAAAUUCAGAUGUGUAAAAUACAUGUAAGUCAGUAAGUAUUGGAUUUGGAUAGAUUUAGGCAUUGUAAAAUGAGUUAGAUUUAUUGGGUUAAGAUGGCUCAUUUGUUGUUGCCUUAAUGGCAAAUUGAUGUGAUAAACUCCACCGUAUUCGCUGUAUUAAUGGUUUCUUGCAAUUAUAAUCAUCCUUUUUCCUGUCCA